AUGUUGGUUGAUACAAUCAAUCCGAGCCCAGGUAUCAAAGCUGAUAUGUUGUGCACCGACGGACAACGAACCAGGCCCCGAAAAAGCAUUUUCGAGACUAUCGAUGAUCUACUAUCGCCGGAUUUGCCGCAGACGUCGAAAGGUGGUGUCGUCGACGAGAUUCAACCCAAAUUGAAGUGUAAUUAUUGCCAAAAAACCUAUUUGACGUAUUUCGGCCUUCGUCGACAUAUCCAAUUCCACGACGAAGGAAAAUUGCAGCAGAAUUGUCCGCAUUGCGACAAAGUUUACAAAUCGCCGGGAGCUUUGAAGAUGCACUUGAAAACGCACUCGCUACCGUGUGUGUGCGAGGAUUGCGGAAAGUCGUUCUCGCGACCCUGGCUGCUCAAAGGACACCUCCGAACGCAUACCGGCGAAAAGCCGUUCACUUGCGAUUCGUGUGGUCGCGGAUUCGCCGAUCGAAGCAAUCUUCGAGCCCAUUUACAGACGCAUUCAACCGAAAAAAAGCACAGAUGUAAGCAUUGCAAUCAGUCGUUUGCCCGAAUGCAAGUACGAGUGCGGCACGAAGAAAGUUGUCCAAAACGAAAAGAAGACAUUGGGUCCGAAGCGGAAGAAGCUGAUAGACCACUUCUCUCAAAUCAAUAA